AUGUCGCGACAGAGCACCUUGUUCAGCUUCUUUCCCAAGUCUCCUCCGCUAAAUAACGCCAACAAGGCCCCAGCCAGGACCUCAAGCGGAGACAGCAGGGCCGCCGACACCUGGGCCUCUUCUACCCCCAGCGAGGAUGCGGCCUGGAGAGAGGCUGCGCCUGGGCCCUUGGCGAGCUCCGCGACGCCGACCGAAACCAAGAAGCUCAAUGGAAGGCUGCAGAGGCCGGGGACGCCCGCGACCCCCGCCAGUUCCUGUGACUUUUCACCAGGUGAUCUGGUCUGGGCCAAGAUGGAGGGUUAUCCCUGGUGGCCUUGUCUGGUGUACAACCACCCUUUUGAUGGAACAUUCAUCCGUGAGAAAGGAAAAUCAGUUCGCGUUCAUGUCCAGUUCUUUGAUGAGAGCCCAACAAGGGGCUGGGUUAGCAAACGUCUAGUAAAGCCAUACACAGGUUCAAAAGCAAAGGAAGCCCAGAAGGGAGGCCAUUUUUACAGUUCCAGGCCUGACAUACUCCGAGCCAUGCAACAUGCAGAUGAAGCCUUAAAGAAAGACAAGAUGAAGAGGCUGGAAUUGGCAGUGUGUGAUGAGCCCUCAGAGCCAGAGGAGGAGGAGGUGGAGGCAGCUGCAGUAUAUGCCGAUGAUAAGGGAGUCGAGAGUGAAGAAGACACACAGCCCAAGAUACAAGCGUCCAGGCGCAGUGGCCGCCAAAUUAAAAAGCGCAGGGUUCUGUCUGACUCGGAGAGCGACGCUGGGGGCUCAGACGUGGAGUUCAAGCCGGAUGCGAAGGAGGGAGGCAGCAGCGAUGAAAUGAGCAGCGGGAUGGGUGACAGUGAGAGCGAGGGCCCAUACAGUCCUGUCAGAGGUGGUCCAAAACGGAAGAAAAUGAUGACUGGAAACGGCUCUCUUAAAAGGAAAAAUCCAAAGAAGGAAGCACCCUCGGCCACGAGAAGGCCAGCUGGUGUUUCGUUGGAAACUAAGAAUACUUUAAGUGCUUUUUCUGCUUCCCAGAAUUCAGAAUCUCCAGCCCAGGUUGGUGGAGGCAGUGAGGACGGUAGCCGGCCGGCUCUGUGGUAUCAUGAGACUUUGGAGUGGCUUAAGGAGGAGAAGAGGAGAGAUGAGCGCAGACGGCGGCCUGACCACCCUGAUUUUGAUGGCUCCACACUCUACGUGCCUGAAGAUUUCCUGAAUUCCUGUACUCCUGGAAUGAGGAAGUGGUGGCAGAUUAAGUCUCAGCAUUUCGAUCUUGUCAUAUUUUACAAGGUGGGCAAGUUUUAUGAGCUGUAUCACAUGGAUGCUCUCAUUGGAGUCAGUGAGCUGGGACUGGUAUUCAUGAAAGGCAACUGGGCCCAUUCUGGCUUCCCAGAAAUUGCGUUUGGCCGAUACUCCGAUUCCCUGGUGCAGAAGGGUUACAAAGUAGCACGAGUGGAACAAACUGAGACCCCUGAAAUGAUGGAGGCACGGUGCCGCAGAAUGGCGCACACAUCCAAGCAUGACCGGGUGGUGAGGCGGGAGAUCUGCCGGAUCAUCACCAAGGGCACCCAGACCUACAGUGUGCUGGAAGGCGAGCCCUCCGAGAGCUACAGCAAGUACCUCCUUAGCCUUAAAGAGAAGGAGGAAGAGUCUUCUGGCCACACCCGUGUGUAUGGGGUGUGCUUUGUUGACACCUCAAUGGGGAAGUUCCAUGUUGGUCAGUUUCCAGAUGACCGCCAUUGCUCCAGACUCAGGACUCUCGUGGCACACUACACUCCUGUGCAGGUCUUGUUCGAGAAAGGCAAUCUCUCUGCAGAAACCAAGAUGGUUCUGAAGAGUUCGUUAUCAUCAUCUCUCCAGGAAGGGUUGAUACCAGGCUCCCAGUUUUGGGAUGCAGCCAAAACUUUGAGAACUCUCCUUGAAGGAGGGUAUUUUACAGAAAAGCUAAAUGAGGACAAAGGGGUGAUGUUACCUCAAGCACUUAAAGAGAUGACCUCCGAGUCUGACUCUAUUGGCUUGACCCCCGGAGAGAGGAGUGAAUUAGCCCUCUCUGCUCUGGGGGGUUGUGUCUUCUACCUCAAAAAAUGCCUCAUUGACCAGGAACUUUUAUCAAUGGCUAAUUUUGAAGAGUAUAUUCCCUUGGAUUCUGACAUGGUCAGUGCCCCAAAGUCCAGUGCUCUUUUUGCUAAAGCCCAUCAACGAAUGGUGCUCGAUGCAGUGACAUUAAACAACUUGGAAAUUUUUCUGAAUGGGACAAAUGGGUCUACUGAAGGGACCCUGCUAGAGAGGAUUGACACUUGCCACACCCCCUUCGGUAAGCGGCUCCUCAAGCAGUGGCUCUGUGCCCCCCUCUGCAGCCCAUUCCCCAUCAAUGAUCGGCUGGAUGCCAUAGAAGACCUCAUGGCGGUGCCUGACAAGAUCUCUGAGGUUGCAGACCUUCUGAAGAAGCUUCCUGACCUUGAGAGGCUGCUAAGCAAAAUACAUACUGUUGGGUCUCCUUUGAAGAGCCAGAACCAUCCAGAUAGCAGGGCCAUCAUGUACGAAGAAACGACAUACAGCAAAAAAAAGAUUAUUGACUUUCUCUCUGCUCUGGAAGGGUUCAAAGGGAUGUGUAAAAUUAUAGAGAUAAUGGAAGAUGUUGCUGAUGACUUUAAGUCCAAACUCCUUAAGCAAGUCAUUACUCUCCAGACAAAAAAUCCUAACUGCCGCUUUCCUGAUCUGACUACAGAGCUGAACCGAUGGGAUACGGCUUUUGACCAUGAAAAGGCUCGUAAGACUGGACUUAUAACUCCCAAAGCAGGUUUUGACUCUGAUUAUGACCAAGCCCUUGCUGACAUUAAAGAAAAUGAGCAGAGCCUCCUGGAGUACUUAGAAAAACAGCGUAGCCGAAUUGGUUGUAGGAGCAUUGUCUACUGGGGAAUUGGCAGAAACCGGUAUCAGCUGGAAAUUCCAGAGAGUUUCACCACCCGGAAUUUGCCAGAAGAAUAUGAGUUAAAAUCUACCAAGAAGGGCUGUAAACGAUACUGGACCAAAACGAUCGAGAAGAAGUUGGCUAAUCUGAUAAAUGCUGAAGAACGGAGAGAUGUUUCACUGAAAGACUGCAUGAGGCGACUGUUCUUUAACUUCGAUAAAAAUUACAAGGAUUGGCAAUCUGCUGUUGAGUGCAUUGCAGUGUUGGAUGUCUUGUUGUGUCUGGCUAACUACAGUCGAGGGGGUGAUGGUCCCAUGUGCCGUCCGGUGAUUAUGCUGCCUGAGGAUGACACACCUCCCUUCUUAGAGCUGAGAGGGUCACGCCAUCCCUGCAUUACGAAGACCUUUUUUGGAGAUGACUUCAUUCCUAAUGACAUUCUGAUAGGCUGUGAGGAAGAGGAGGAGAAUGGCAAAGCUUACUGUGUGCUUGUUACUGGACCCAAUAUGGGGGGGAAAUCUACACUCAUGAGGCAGGCUGGCCUCUUGGCUGUAAUGGCCCAGAUGGGUUGCUAUGUACCUGCUGAAGUGUGUAGGCUCACACCGAUUGAUAGAGUCUUUACUAGACUCGGUGCCUCAGAUAGAAUAAUGUCAGGUGAAAGUACCUUCUUUGUGGAGCUGAGUGAAACAGCCAGCAUCCUUAAACACGCGACAGCGCAUUCUCUGGUGCUUGUGGAUGAACUAGGCAGAGGUACGGCCACAUUUGAUGGGACAGCAAUAGCAAACGCAGUUGUUAAGGAGCUUGCUGAGAACAUAAAGUGCCGGACAUUAUUUUCUACCCACUACCAUUCAUUAGUGGAAGAUUACUCUCAAAAUUACGCUGUGCGCCUAGGACAUAUGGCAUGCAUGGUAGAAAAUGAAUGCGAAGACACCAGCCAGGAGACUAUUACCUUCCUCUAUAAAUUCAUUAAGGGAGCUUGUCCUAAAAGCUAUGGCUUUAAUGCAGCAAGACUUGCUAAUCUUCCGGAGGAGGUUAUUCAGAAGGGACACAGGAAAGCAAGAGAAUUUGAGAAGACGACCAAGUCUCUGCGACUCUUUCGGGAAGUUUGCCUGGCUAGUGAAAGGUCAACUCUAGAUUCUGAAGCUGUCCAUAAGUUGCUGACUUUGAUUAAGGAACUAUAGACUGCAUUGAAAGGUUUGACUUGACAAAAGGUGGUAAAUUCAGACAACAUUAUGAUCUAAUAAACUUUAUUUUUUAAAA